AGCUGGCCUGGGUCACCUGUGGUCACCUGUCCACUCUGUGUCUGGUGGAGGGAACAGACAAGACGUCAGCGUGGUGGUCAGUGGUCAGGUCACGCUGAGUGUGCGGCAGCUUGCGCCUGUGUCUGAGCUGGCCUGGGUCACCUGUGGUCACGUGCGGAGUGGCGGCGCCUCCCUGGGCUCACCUGAGGGCGUGCAGGUAAUGGUGGGCGGGGAACAAGUAAAUGUCGGGAGGUGAGUGACUAAGGUGGUGGUCACCGUCACUGUUGUUGUGGUUUGUUUGUUUGUUUGUUUGUUGAUUUCUUUUAUUCCCAAGACGUGGCGGCGCCGCCUGGCUGUCUGCUGGUGCUGCCUGCCUGUGGUCUGACCAUUUUGUCGCGAGUGUUUGGGCGUUGUCCUUUCUGGGGAUUUCCCGGCCCGUACUGAGUGAGGUUAGGUUAGGUUUUCUUUGCAAGAUUUUCCCGUCACAGUGGUGGCAGCCACGCAGGACAAGACACACGGUAAUUCUUAAGAAAUACACCUCCACACAUAUCUUAUUAAUCUUUUCCCCUCUCCCCCAACAAGCUUGGGGCCACGUGGGGAAUUGGGUUUGUUUUUGGAGGGGGACAUAAAAGACCGAUAAAUGGACUGAAAAUCUAGGGAAAUUUCCCUAAAAUAAAGAAAAAUUGGGGGUAAAAUUUAAGUUUUAACCAAUACUCCAGAAUAAUUAUAUACCUAACCUAACCGAACCUAACCGGGGGGGCUGCGCACCCCAUGAACCCCCCCUGGACCCCCCUAAGGUUAAAGCGUCAUUAAACAUCAUAGACUUAGUAGCAUGGACAAAAGCACCCUGCGUGUAAACCAACGCACGAACGCACGCAGUGUAACUUCAGCACGGACAGGUAAGCAGGACGGAUCUCGGGAAUACUGGAGAAACUUUAACAUUGUAUUGUAACCUUAACAUCAACGAGCGAUCAGUAAAACCUUUACAGACUUGUAGCUAUACUACUUACACUUCUUGAAAGCACACCUUAUUGAAAAUAAUCUUGGGUGCGUUGUUCUUAAGAUUUUCCAGACACACACCGUCAGUAAGGUUAGUUUGGUCUCCUGGACAAAAUUUUCCCGUCACAGUGGUGGCAGCCACGCAGGACAAGACACACACCGUCAGUUAGUGUUUUCUGCUUUCUUGUUUUAUUUUUGUUAUUUUGUUAAUUUGUUUAAUAUUGUUUUAUUUGUUUGUCUUGCAGGAGAACAGACGCGGUGAAAGAGUAAGGCCAGACUGGCAAGUCCUCCUGUCCAUUGUGCCCCAGAGCCUCUCAGAUCAGUGGCUGGCAAGUCCUCCCAUCCUCUCUGCCCCAGAGCCCCUCAGCCACGGCCAGGAGCAGCGUUACAAUGGAGGGUGCGAGGCCAGGCAGCAGCAGCAGCAGCAGCAGUAGUAGUAACAGCCUGGAGCAGCAGGUGACCCAAGGCGGGAGGACCUACACUUGUGACCACUGCGGCAAAGUGUGCUCCACCAAGGCUGCCAUUGCCAGACACGUCCUCUCCCAUGCCAGCAAGACAAGGCUGAGAGGCAGGAGUGGCCCCGCUGAACACACUGCCACCCACACUGGUGGCAGGAACCACAAGUGUGACCUCUGCGGGAAGACAUUUGUCUGGAAGAGUCAUCUUGCCUCACACAUCCUCACCCACACUGGGGAGAGAAAGUUCCAGUGCCUGGAGUGUGGGAAAAGAUUUACCCAGAAGAGUAAUCUUAACACACACAUCCUCACCCACACUGGGGAGAGAAAGUUCCAGUGCCUGGAGUGUAUGAAAAAAUUUACCCAGAAAAGUGAUCUUAACAGACACAUCCUCAUCCACACUGGGGAGAGAAAGUUCCAGUGCCUGGAGUGUGGGAAAAGAUUUACCCAGAAGAGUAAUCUUAACACACACAUCCUCACCCACACUGGGGAGAGAAAGUUCCAGUGCCUGGAGUGUGGGGAAAAGAUUUACCCAGGAGAGUCAUCUUAACACACACAUCCUCACCCACACUGGGGAGAGAAAGUUCCAGUGCCUGGAGUGUGGGAAAAUAUUUGCCCAGAAGGGUUCCCUUAACAGACACAUCCUCACCCACACUGGGGAGAGAAAGUUCCAGUGCCUGGAGUGUGGGAAAAAGAUUUACCCAGGAGAGUAAUCUUAACACACACAUCCUCACCCACACUGGGGAGAGAAAGUUCCAGUGCCUGGAGUGUGGGAAAAGAUUUACCAUGAAGAGUUCCCUUAACACACACAUCCUCACCCACACUGGGGAGAGAAAGUUCCAGUGCCUGGAGUGUGGGAAAAGAUUUACCCAGGAGAGUAAUCUUAAAACACACAUCCUCACCCACACUGGGGAGAGAAAGUUCCAGUGCCUGGAGUGUGGGAAAAGAUUUACCAUGAAGAGUUCCCUUAACACACACAUCCUCACCCACACUGGGGAGAGAAAGUUCCAGUGCCUGGAGUGUGGGAAAAGAUUUACCAUGAAGAGUUCCCUUAACACACACAUCCUCACCCACACUGGGGAGAGAAAGUUCCAGUGCCUGGAGUGUGGGAAAAGAUUUACCCGGAAGGGUUCCCUUAACACACACAUCCUCACCCACACUGGGGAGAGAAAGUUCCAGUGCCUGGAGUGUGGGGAAAAGAUUUACCCGGAAGGGUUCCCUUAACGCACACAUCCUCACCCACACUGGGGAGAGAAAGUUCCAGUGCCUGGAGUGUGGGAAAAGAUUUACCCGGAAGGGUUCCCUUAACACACACAUCCUCACCCACACUGGAAAGAAGAAGAGAAAACAUCCAAAAUCAUAGCUGUUGCAGUCCCCGGUGACUCCGGCCUCAGUAGAGCUGAAAGGCACAAAACUACAAAAUAUCACGACCUAAAAAGUGACCUGGGAACAACAUGGUCGCCGAUGGACACCGGUAUAAUACCAGUGGUGGUGUGGGCGACAGGGCUAAUCAAGAAAACCUGGAGAGCUGCCUGGAGGCAAUCCCCGGUCGCCCAAGUGCCCACGAGGUACACACAGCUGCGGUCAAGGGAACGGUCGCCACGCUGAACAGAGCCCUCGGAUGCAAUGCCGGCGCUGCUGAGGGUGUGACCGCUAACACCAGGCUUGGGGCCCAUUGCACUCACCAGACAACAAAACAGGAAAGUGCAGAAAACGGGGAGAGAAUGUUCCCGUGCCUGCAGUGUGGGAAAAGAUUUACCCACAAAGGUAAUCUUAACACACACAUCCUCACCCACACUGGGGCUUGUACAAACUCAGUGCACCCUAAGUGUAGGAAGACAGAAGGAAGCAGAAACAGAAGGAUCUGCUCUGAACCACUGGAGAGAGAAACUGCAGCAGAGGAUCACCCAUCAAAGAGAAGAAAUCUGGCAGAUAACAAGCUUCCUGCAAGACCAAAACCACACAAGGAACCUCCUCAAGAAAACAGACAGAAUGACAGGAAGGCGCAGCGCAAGCAACGGCCGGCCGGGCGGAAGACCGGCAGGGGCCGAGCCCCGGCCGAAGCCUUGGCACCACAGAUGAGGACAAAGACAAGAAAAUAAAGGCCAGAAAGAUGAAGAGGCAGCUUGCAGAAAAGCCAGGGGUGGUGUGCAGACACAUGGCAAAGACCUCAAUAGAAGUACAAGACCCACCCGAGAAAGAAGUGGCCGAGGGAUGCUGGAGGCCACUGCUGGAAGACCCCACGCAGCAUCAGGCAGCCCCGGGGAUACAGACCACCACGGUUAAACACACAAGUAAACAACAACAAUGCCAGCUGUUCAGCUUACACAGGAAGGUCUGCUGAGAAAGAGAGUGAGUCAAUGCAGCAAGUUUGAGGCUCCAGGUGUAGACAAAGCCCCAAGUUUUGGGUCAGAAAGAUUACACGAGUGCACUGUUCCGUGCACUCGUUUGUACCAGACUACAGAAAGGAAAAGAGGAGCCCCCACAAUGGCUGGCCACUGGAAACACCAGCCUGCCACCAAACGCCAGCCAGACUCCACUGCCAUCCAGACAUGGAGCCGUCCGCUGCCCGUCAACAACACGCAGGUGGCCGACAGAGACACCGGUGUGGAGUUUGGUCUGGUGGAGUGCUCCACAUGCACCGGCAGGACUGGCAAGAAGGGUAGCACCAGAAACACACACACUGGUGAACAGGACUGCAUUCAACACCUUGCCAUUCAACACCUUGCUCAACACUUCACAUGCAAGUGUUUGGGAACACAAGAGAAUGCCACACUACAACACAAAAAAUGAGAAAAACAAUCAACAAAGAAUUACCAAAACACCUUGAAAAAGAUUCGCAGGUCAGAACUAACACCAAAAAACAAGACUACUGCCACAAACCAGCUGGCAGUACCAGUAGUGACUUGUGGGUGUGGUGUGGUGUGGUGACUGGCCACAAGACUACUGCCACAAACCAGCUGGCAGUACCAGUAGUGACUUGUGGGUGUGGUGUGGUGUGGUGACUGGCCACAAGACUACUGCCACAAACCAGCUGGCAAGUACCGGUAGUGACUUGUGGGUGUGGUGUGGUGUGGUGACUGGCCAAAAGGUUUAUUCUGAAAUGUAAUCUUGACAAACAUCCUCACCCACACUGUGGUAAGGAAGUACAGGUGUGGUGUUUGUGGCAGUGUUUCUGUAGGAAGAGUGGUGUUGCCAGACACAUCCAAGCACUCCUGUGGGGGUGAGGUGUUGUGGAUGUGCUGGUGGUGUGUGAGGGACUUGGGAGUGACUAGUGUUUGUGUGUUGUUACUUUGUACUCAAGUGUUGGAAUAAACUUUUGUUGCUAGAA